GUUCGUCACCAACUAGAACAAAGAACGUCCCAAGAUUCCUUGACUAGAACACGGAAGUAGGAUUGGUAACGAGGUUUUAUUGUUCCUUGUGUGGAGUAAAGAAAAACAUACUUACUAAACUAAAUAGGCUACCCAUCUCUAAUUUGACAGAAAAUGUCUAAACUACAGAUGUUGUGUGUGUUUUUAAAUGAGCGUUUAACGGCGGCUGCUGGGGAUAUUUUUGGUGCAGUUGAGAAAACGGUAGGAGAGUACCAGGAGGAGAAUGAUCGGCUACGGAGACUGCUGCGGAGGACACCAGAGAUACAACUAUGUCGAAUAGAAUCCCUGCAGCCCUCUGUCUCUGAAGAGGAGGUUCCCCCUGAGCAGCAGCACUGUGAGCAGGAGUGGAGCCCCAGUCUGGGGCAGAAGAACCCAGAGACCAAACAGAUUAAAGAGGAACAGGAGGAAGUCAGGACCAGUCAGGAGGAAGAGCAGCUUCAAGGGGUGGAGCCUGAUAUCAUAGAGUUCAUUUUCUCUCCUUCCUGUGUGAAAAGUGAAUGUGAUCAGGAGGACCAAACCCAGACUGUGGAGAACAGAGGGAGAGACUCUAAACUAGUGGAUCUCAAACCUUUUGGCACUGUGACCCACAUUAAGGGUCUCAACAUUCCCUGUGACCCUCCAGAUAAUCAAAACAUUGCCUCCAGCCACAACUCAGCUGUAAGCAGCGACCCAGUAGGACUUGACAACAGUCCACCAUUGGAUACCAGCCCAACAUUGGAUCCCAACCCACCAACGGGGGAACAUUGUUCCAAACCCAACACCAUGUCUAGAAGAACUCACCAAUGCCGUGACUGUGGAGAAACAUUUGCUCUGAAAGCUGACCUGCAGAGACACGUGACUCUCACCAAGAAGAGACCCAGUGAAUGUAGCUUUUGCAAAAAAAGCUUCAACUCCACCUGUAAACUGAAGGCCCAUGUCCGACUCUGUCACAUUGGGAAACCCUGUGGCAUGACCUUCAAACACAACCUGCCCAGUCACAUGAGGAUUCACACAGGAGAGAAAUCAUUUAGCUGCGGUGACUGUGGAAAAAGCUUCAAUCGGAAGAUGAGCCUAACUGAACAUAAACUGACUCACACAGGAGAGAAACCAUUUAGCUGUGGUGACUGCGGGAAAAGCUUCAAUCGGAAAGGUCACCUAACCAUACACAAACUGACUCACACAGGAGAGAAACCAUUUAGCUGUGUUGACUGCGGGAAAAGCUUCAAUCGGAAAGGUCACCUAACCAUACACAAACUGACUCACACAGGAGAGAAACCAUUUAGCUGUGGUGACUGUGGGAAAAGCUUCAAUCGGAAGGGGCACCUAACCAUGCACAAUCUGACUCACACAGGAGAGAAACCUUUUAGCUGUGUUGACUGUGGGAAAAGCUUCAAUCGGAAGGAGCACCUAACGAUGCACAAACUGACUCACACAGGCGAGAAACCUUUUAGCUGUGGUGACUGCGGGAAAAGCUUCAAUCAGAAAGGGGACCUAAGGAGGCACAAACUGAUUCACACAGGAGAGAAACACCAUCGCUGCUCCGUCUGUGGUAAAGGAUUCACUCAGAAGACGAAUCUGCUGAGGCAUGUGGAUAAAGUCCACAAAGGAAAGAAACAGGACAGAAACUGAAAGGGAAGGGGGGGAUACCUAGGAAGUGUUCCAACUGAAUGCAUUCCACUGAAAUGUGUCUCCCGCAUUUAACCCAACCCCUGUGAAUCAGAGAGAUGCUGGGGGGCUGCCAUAAUCGACAUCCACGUUGUCGGCACCCAGGGAUCAGUGGGUUAACUGCCUUGUUCAGGGGCAGAACGACAGAUUUUUACCUUGUCAGCUCGGAGAUUCUAUCCAGCAACCUUUCGGGUUACUGGAAAGGACAUUAGGACAAAGAGAUUGUCUGGGGGAAAAUAAUGAAUGGCAAUAUCAAUAUCAAAUACUUAGGAUCCUUAAUGAGUGACAACGAACAACAAAUAUAUAAAGAUCACUUUAUUCCAUUACUCAACUAUAUGAAAGCAGAUCUAAUUCAAUGGAAUAAUCUUCCUGUAAAUCUUAACAGAUAAAAGAAACCUCUUCAGAAUAGCAUAUGGCUCCUAAAGGUUUUUGUAUUUAUUUUCGGUAAUACCAAUUACCCAUCCAAAUGUUUUUUUGUUGAAAAAGUAUACUGGGUCAUAAGUCUGUAUAUGAUCACGAUACAGCCACAUGAUUGGUCAGUGGAGGAGAGGGGUUAAAGCCACAUGAGUGGGGUUAGAGCCACAUGUGAUUGGUCAUAAGUCUGUAUAUGAGCAAAUAGAAUAAAAAAGGUUUCCAUCUUCCUGAGUCUGAGGGGUGGUUUUACCUUCCUGAGUCUGGGGGUGGUUUUACCUUCCUGAGUCUGGGGGGUGGUUUUACCUUCCUGAGUCUGAGGGGUGGUUUUACCUUCCUGAGUCUGGGGGUGGUUUUACCUUCCUGAGUCUGAGGGGUGGUUUUACCUUCCUGAGUCUGGGGGUGGUUUUACCUUCCUGAGUCUGAGGGGUGGUUUUACCUUCCUGAGUCUGAGGGGUGGUUUUACCUUCCUGAGUCUGAGGGUGGUUUUACCUUCCUGAGUCUGGGGGUGGUUUUACCUUCCUGAGUCUGAGGGGUGGUUUUACCUUCCUGAGUCUGAGGGGUGGUUUUACCUUCCUGAGUCUGAGGGGUGGUUUUACCUUCCUGAGUCUGAGGGGUGGUUUUACCUUCCUGAGUCUGAGGGGUGGUUUUACCUUCCUGAGUCUGGGGGGUGGUUUUACCUUCCUGAGUCUGGGGGUGGUUUUACCUUCCUGAGUCUGGGGGUGGUUUUACCUUCCUGACUUGGAAUUAUAUCAACUCCCUACCCAAGGCUUUUGCUUGCGACCAUAUAGUUACAUAUUGAGGGAAUCUUAUUUGAGUCAGAAAAUGACAUUCAUAUGAUAGUCAUCUGGAAGGUUUUGUAUAUCUUACCUAUCUCUUUAAAAUGAAUAUAUAUAUUAACUAUUGGAACCAAAACUUAAAAAGAACUGAUGUUGUCACAAGAUGGAGGGAAAGUUGGAGCAUAAUUAAUGAAAUUACAGUUAACAAAAAUGUUAAUCCAGUAUAAACUAAUGUAUAGAACAUAUUAUACAAGAGACAAAAUUCACAAAUUCUACAGCAUAACGGCAGAGUCAUGUCUCAAGUGUAAAACUAACAAUGACUCAAUAAUCCAGGACUUCUGGGAAUGCUUAGAGUUAGAAAGUUGGAUAUCAGAGGUAUUACAAUGUAAAUGUACUUUUUAAUCUUUCUGUCUGCAUACUUCAAGACAUGGCAUAUUGGGGAGGGGGGGGGGGAUGACCUAAAGGGCUGGAAGAUUCUCUUCUCAUCUUGAAAAAAAACUAUACUUAAAACAUAGAGAAUUGAUCUGCCAUCAUUGACACUAUGUUGAAAUAUCAUGGGCAACCGAGGAAAAACGAAUUGGUACAAUUUUACAGCUGUGGCAACCAAUAAUGCAGGCACUAGGGAUGGAGGUGUGGUCAGGCACUAGGGAUGGAGGUGUGGUCAGGCACUAGGGAUGGAGGUGUGGUCAGGCACUAGGGAUGGAGGUGUGGUCAGGCACUAGGGAUGGAGGUGUGGUCAGGCACUAGGGAUGGAGGUGUGGUCAGGUAUUAGGGAUGGAGGUGUGGUCAGGCACUAGAGAUGGAGGUGUGGUCAGGUAUUAUGGAUGGAGAUGUGGUCAGGUAUUAUGGAUGGAGAUGUGGUCAGGUAUUAUGGAUGGAGGUGUGGUCAGGCACUAGGGAUGGAGGUGUGGUCAGGCACUAGGGAUGGGUUCAGGUCAGAGGAGAUGUAGUCAUUGUUUGUGUCUGGAGUAAAACUUUAUUUUUUUAAGUUGGUCAGGUUAGUGAAUAGAAAGGCAGGAUGUGGACAAAUCUCUUAGGAAGCAACAGUGACGUGGCCUCAUCAAAUAUGCAGACGACAUGGCUCUGGUUGCUUGCCUGGAGGUCAAGUCCAUCUCCAGAUACUCCCAGUCCAUUGACUGCCUCUUGACGUGGUUUGACAAUAGCUUCCUUGACCUUAACGUCGCCAAGACUAAAAAACUGUACCUUGGAGGAAAGAACGCUGGGAAAUGGAAGCCCUUGUCUGGAGCCUGUCACCAUGGAAGGAUGUGGAGCAAGUCACACACAUUAAAUACUUGGGGACAAUUUUCGACCACAAACUUAGCUUCCAGUAAAACACUGACCUCAUCUACAAAAAGUCCAGGCAGCUUAUUUCCCUACUUAAGAAACAAUUCAGUUUUAAUGCAAGCAAACACACUGAUCAUGGUGUACAAAUCCCUGGUCGAGUGUUCUCAAUUACAACAUCCCUGGUCGAGUGUUCUCAAUUACAACAUCCCUGGUCGAGUGUUCUCAAUUACAACAUCCCUGAUCGAGUGUUCUCAAUUACAACAUCCCUGAUCGAGUGUUCUCAAUUACAACAUCCCUGGUCGAGUGUUCUCAAUUACAACAUCCCUGGUCGAGUGUUCUCAAUUACAACAUCCCUGGUCGAGUGUUCUCAAUUACAACAUCCCUGGUCGAGUGUUCUCAAUUACAACAUCCCUGGUCGAGUGUUCUCAAUUACAACAUCCCUGAUCGAGUGUUCUCAAUUACAACAUCCCUGGUCGAGUGUUCUCAAUUACAACAUCCCUGGUCGAGUGUUCUCAAUUACAACAUCCCUGGUCGAGUGUUCUCAAUUACAACAUCCCUGGUCGAGUGUUCUCAAUUACAACAUCCCUGAUCGAGUGUUCUCAAUUACAACAUCCCUGAUCGAGUGUUCUCAAUUACAACAUCCCUUCUGGUAUGGGAACCUCUCAGUGAGAAACAGGAGUUAACUGGCACAAGUUGUCCCAGAACAGCAAAACUGUCCGCAGCAAACGGCCACAACUUUGUACACACAAAGCAUCACAAGGAAAACUGCAAGCAUCCUUCCAAAUGCUGCCGUCAGGUCGGAGACGACAGGUGGAACUCACAAAGAAGAACGGUCCCCCCAAAAAAUGUAUCCCCUCUGCAGUGAAAAUCCUUAUUAAGACUGAUGAACGGACACGUAAAUGUUUAACGUGUUUCAUUCUGACAUUUCAGUCUGACUGGUAAAUGUUUAAUUUGUUUAAUUCUGACAUUUCAAUAUUUAACAGUUUCAUUCUAACAUUUUUUUCUGACAUGUAAAUAUUUAAUUAGUUUUAUUCUGACAUUUCAGUCUGACAUGUAAAUGUUUAACGUGUUUCAUUCUGACAUUUCAGUCUGACAUCUCUGUUUUAUUCUUUUAUUGUAACUCAGAGCGACGACACAUUAUCAUUCUGUUUAAACGUAAUAGACAAUAAAGUUGGUAUUUUCUGCUUA